UUUCCAUGGCAACAUAACCACCACGGCAUUUUAUAGUAUAAAGUAUAAACAACUAAACAUUAUUUUAAUUUAAUAAAAAAGCCUAAUCCCUCUAAAAUUGUGCCAUCUAGAUAUUAUAAUUGUUGCUACAUGAUUUUUGAUUUAAUAUCUAGUUGUUAACUUGUCAUAUCUAAUGAAAAACACAAUAUAUUCUCCAAGUUGGUCUUCCCUAUAAUCCUCUUCACUCCCAAGUCCCAAAAAAAAAAUGGGUGACGUUCUAAGCCCCUACACACUUUCACCCCCACCAUCUUCAUCAUCUUCUUCAACAAAGUCCAACAUUAUCAUGCUAUAUUAUGGCCUGGCAGUUGUUGGAACCGCCGCAAUAGCGCUAGCACUUUACAACUACUGCGUCAUCAGAAGAUGCAGCCGGCAACAACAACCGCAUCCCGAAACAACAAGUGGGUUGGUCGAGGUUGUCGUGUCAAGAAACAUGAGCUUCGAGAAUUCGCAAAGUAACUUGCUCUCAAGCUUCAAGUACAAGAAAGAAGAAGCAGAGAAAAAGGAGAAAGCCCAAAAAGAAGAAGAAGAAGAAGGUGAUGAUGAUGGUUCUUAUGAUGAGUGCCCAGUUUGUUUAUCGGUUUUCGAAGAAGGUGAAGAAGUGAGGAAGCUUCCGAGAUGCAAGCACUCUUUUCAUGCUCAGUGUAUAGAUAUGUGGCUUCACUCUCAUUUUGAUUGCCCUGUUUGCCGUACACCGGUGGGGCCUUUCUUCCGCCGUUUUCCGCCGGAGACUAAUAAUAAUUCCGUUGAGGAGUUGCCGGAAUCCGGUGGUGUGUGAGGUAUAAGGGUGGUGGGGCCUGGCCAGCUUUGGGGAAAUUGG